GAUCACUAGGCGACCCCGCAAUACAUACCCUUCCUCCAACGAAAAAAUGUUCACGAACAGAACAGAACAGAACAACCGCAAUCACCUACCUACCCGACCACCAUCCCUCCACAGCCCUUUUCUCUCUCUGGUAAACGUUGCAGACAGCUAUUGCGCUAAACCUUGCGAGCGAGCAAAAUCUCGAUCGAUCAAAUCGGCCUUCCAAGCGAUACAACCAGUGAUGGUGGUGGUGGUGGUGGUGGGCCGAAGGAGAUAGUAGACGGGGCAUGAGAUAGAUGUCUUGCACUUGCAUCAACGAGAGAGAGAGAGACAACACUAAGUGCCGUUCUAUUUAUGCGUUUUCAGCGCGCACUGAUACCAGACCAGGUUUGUUUGCGAUGGUGUGGAGAGCUCUCCCGGGUUUGUGUCUAUCUAUCUGUUCCAAAAUGUCAAGAUGCUUCUUUUAUCUAGUCCUAGACACCCUACACCUAAUCCAUAUAUCACCCCUCCUCCCCCUCCCCCCCUCUCUCUCUCAACCAAGAUCCCUUAGAUUCCACGACUUCGUGUUCUUGCUUGCUUACCUAUUUCCACUGUGCGUUUGCUUAUCUGCCUUUGCUUUCCUCCCAACAACAACAACAACAACAUACAUUAGAUCCUACAAACCCUGCACUGCAUGUCCAAGCCAGUGGGCGAGGUUGGAAAAGAUGAUGGUGGUGGUGGUGAGUUGCUGGAGGGGAAAUCAGGGUGAGGGUUUAUGUGGAUGCUUAGAGAAAGAAUAGAAGGAAGGAAGGAAGGAAGGGUUGGUGGAUGUACAGGCAAGCAAGAAGGGAGAAGACAAGAUAGAGUAUGAUAGAUUAAAUCCCCCAUUUCAGAAUCAAGAUGUCAAAAUUCUUUCC